GUUCUGAAUCGGAAGUGAGCCGAGGAAAGCCUUCCGGUGGAUCCGCAUUUCACGUGUUGGCCUCCCUGGAUUUGGCAGCAAUUGGAAAGCAGCUUCCGGGAUGAAGUUCGCCUAUAAGUUCUCCAACUUGUUGGGUACCGUCUACCGACGUGGAAACUUGAAUUUUACUCCUGAUGGAAAUUCUCUGAUCAGUCCUGUGGGAAACCGAAUUUCUCUCUUUGACUUGAAAAAUAACAAGUCUGAAACAUUACCUCUUGCAACCCGAUACAAUAUUGCAUGUGUGGGACUCUCUCCAGAUGGAAAUCUUGCUAUACUUGUUGACGAAGAGGGAGCUGCCGUACUUGUCAGCUUGAUAAGUAAAUCUGUUAUUCAUCAGUUCCAUUUUCAGAAACCUGUGCACAGUAUCUGCUUUUCUCCAGAUGGAAAGAAAUUUGUGGUCACGAAGGACAACGUGGCUAUGAUGUACCAUGCCCCUGGGAAGAAGAGAGAAUUCAAUGCAUUUGUACUUGACACUACUUAUUAUGGUGCAUAUGAUGAAACAACAUGCAUUGAUUGGACUGAUGAUUCUAAAUGUUUUGCAGUAGGCAGCAAGGAUAUGUCAACUUGGGUGUUUGGAGCAGAACGAUGGGCCAAUCUUAUUUAUUAUGUGCUAGGAGGUCAUAAGGAUGCCAUAGUAGCCUGUUUUUUUGAAGAAAAGAGCCUUGAUAUAUACACCCUCAGCCGAGAUGGAGCUUUGUGUAUUUGGCAGUGUGAUACGGAGCUAAGCGGUUUGAAACCUAGAUUGUCAAAAGACCAUUCUGAAGACAAUGGAGAAUCUGCAAUAGAUCUAGAUGAAGAGCUGACAGAGGAACAGAAGGGCAAAGAGGUCCAUGGAAAAGCCAGCACAAAUGACAAAGGGAGAACAGAGAAAGUGAAAUAUUCAUGUGCUGUCAAACACUUCUUCAACAAAGAGGGAGAUUUUAACACUCUGACAGCGGCAGCUUACCACAAGAAAAUCCAUCUGCUGAUCACUGGUUUUGCUUCUGGGAUAUUUCACCUUCAUGAGCUUCCAGAAUUUAAUCUCAUUCAUUCUUUAAGCAUUUCAGACCAGAGGAUUGCAUCUAUUUCUAUCAACAGCACAGGUGACUGGAUUGCUUUUGGAUGUGCAGGUUUGGGGCAACUCCUGGUGUGGGAAUGGCAAAGUGAGUCCUAUGUGUUGAAGCAGCAAGGUCAUUUCAACAGUAUGGUGUCACUUGCAUAUUCUCCGGAUGGGCAGUACUUAGUUACUGGAGGACAUGAUGGAAAAGUGAAGGUAUGGAAUACUACCAGUGGCUUCUGCUUUGUCACCUUUACAGAACACAGUAGUAGCAUAUCUGCAGUAACAUUUACCAGCUCUGGUUAUGUCAUUUUGAGUGCUUCCCUGGAUGGCACAGUGCGAGCUUUUGAUCUGCACAGAUACCGCAAUUUCCGCACCUUCACUUCUCCCCGACCCACCCAGUUCUCUUGCUUGGCUGUGGACUCUGGUGGCGAGAUUGUGUCAGCAGGUUCUCAGGACUCCUUUGAAAUAUUUGUGUGGUCUGUGAAGAGUGGACGGCUCUUAGAUGUCUUAGCUGGCCAUGAGGGCCCCAUCAGCAGUUUGUCUUUUAAUCCAAUGAAAUGUGUUCUAGCAAGUGCCUCUUGGGACAAAACAGUAAGAUUGUGGGAUAUGCUGGAUAGCUGGAGAACCAAGGAAACUCUCCAACUUAGCUCAGAUGUACUUGCUGUGGCUUUCCGUCCGGAUGGCAAGGAACUUGCUGUUGCUUCACUGGAUGGACAGAUCACUUUCUGGGAUCAUGAAAAUGCUAUGCAGACUGGAUCCAUUGUGGGGAGGCAUGAUCUGCAGAUGGGGAGAAAGGAACUGGACAAGAUAACUGCCAAGCAAGCAGCUAAGGGAAAAUCUUUUACUACUUUGUGUUACUCAGCUGAUGGGCAGUGUAUUCUGGCAGGAGGGUUGUCAAAGUUUGUUUGUAUUUAUCAUGUCAAGGAACAGAUUCUCAUCAAGAAAUUUGAAAUAUCUUGCAAUCUUUCCUUAGAUGCAAUGGAGGAAUAUUUGGAUCGCAGGAAAAUGACUGAAUUUGGCAGCAUGGCCUUAAUUGAUGAAGGAGGUGGAGACGAUGAAGGUGUUGCCAUCCCUCUUCCAGGAGUGAAAAGAGGUGACAUGAGUUCUCGAUCUUUUAAACCAGAAAUAAGAGUGACCUGUCUCAGCUUCUCUCCUACUGGACGAAGCUGGGCAGCAACCACCACCGAAGGCCUUCUCAUCUACUCUUUAGAUGCUGGCCUGAUCUUUGAUCCAUAUGACCUGGAAAUUGACAUCACUCCUAGUAAUAUUCGUAAAGUACUACUUCAGAAGGAGUUCACCAAAGCAAUUGUCAUGGCUUUCCGGCUGAAUGAAAAGAAGCUAAUUCAAGAGGUCUUGGAAUCUGUGCCAUAUAAUGAAAUUGAAGUAAUCUCCUCAUCACUUCCAGAAUUAUAUGUUGAAAAGUUACUAGAAUUUUUAGCAUCUUCCUUUGAGAAGUCUCGUCACUUGGAAUUCUACCUUAUCUGGACGCAGAAGUUGCUAAUGCUGCAUGGAUGCAAGUUAAAGGCAAGGUCUAAUAAAUUGCUGCCUACGGUUCAGUUUCUGCAGAGGAGUAUUCACCGUCACUUUGAAGAUCUCUCUAAACUUUGUGACUGGAAUUGUUACAACAUGAAAUAUAUACUGUCCAUUUCGCAACAGCGGGGUAUCAAACGUACAGCAGAAACAUCUGAAAAUGAUGAAGAUUUGGUGAACUUGGAGGACUCCAGUGACGACUCUCUUAUGGAGGAAUCGGCUGGGGUUUCAUAAAAAAGACUCAUUUUCUCUUUAAGAACUGUUUUCUGCAUGCAGCAGUAAUUUAAACAGUGGUAUUCACUGUGAACUGAACAGCCCUCAUAGUGGCUUAUUUCAUACAUGUGACUUCAGUGUGCAGCAGUACGAUUGAUAAUAAACAUUGAUCUCUCUCUCUCUCUCUCUCUCUCUCUCUCUCUCUCUCUCUCUCUCUCUCUCUCUUUUCCCUUCAGAUAAUGAGCUUGCUCAUUUUUCUGUAAAAUAACCUACUUAACAGAUAUUUUGUUAAUGCCAUUAAACUUCAGUCUUUUUGCUUUUUUUCUUUUUCUUUUUGCUUUUUUUGCUUUUAGAAUAAAACAGAGUUGGCAUUCAUGGUGCAGAUUGUCCCCAGUGUAAAUAGUAAACAUGUCUGCAUAUGUGCAGGAUUUCUGUGUGUCACAAUUGCCUAAAUGGCUUUUGGUAUAAAAUCACUUCUGUUCAAUUAAUCCAUUAUGAGAGUAAAUAAAUAUAAGGAACACUGAA